AUGAAACCAGUCACUCUUUCUUUCCUCCUAGGCCUCGCCAGCCUCGCCACAGCCCGCACUGACCUCGAAGGCUGCGUCUCCUCAGAAGUCAUAGUCGAACACUACUACGCCAGCUACCUCUGGUACGUCCCAGACAGCGGCGAGAUCUGCUCAUUCCUCGACUGCGGUGGCGGCCGCGCACCCCCAAAGACCACCCAACCGGGAUGUCCGCAAUACAGCGGAACCGCAACGCUUACCCCCGACUACCUGGAGGGCUGGGGACCCAAUGGCAAACAGGCUGCCUCUACAAGCACCGUGGCCUCGACUGCUUCGUCGACCGAUAUUGUGCUCGCUUCCGCAACGCAGACUUCUGAGGGCUCGGUGGCGUCGGACUCGUCUUCCGCGUCUUCUUCUUCGUCUCCCUCCGGCACUCAGCCUGCUGAUAGCAUGAUCACGGCUAAUCUUGCCUCGGUCGCUUCUUCUUUGAAGGUUUCUACCUCGUCGACCUCGGGCACUGGUAACGCUACGUCUACUUCUGCUGCCGCGACCAGCUCGUCCUCUUUCAAUGCUGCCGCUACACCCGCCUCCAAUGUGGGCGGUGCCGUGGCUGUGAUGGCUGCUAUGGUUGGGGCUAUGGUCUUGUAA